AUGGCUGAUACCACUUCUACAAUCAACGAGACCGAGGGUCAACCUUCACUUGCUCCAGUACAACCUGCUUCUCCCACCGGAACGAUUCACGCAGAAGUAUCAUCUACAUCAACCGAUAAUAAUGAUGGUGUCGAAUCCACGACUCCCACUCCUUCAAACGCACCUACACGCACUGUCCAACAGUCAUUGCAAUCCAGUAUAAAUAGGAACAACUUUUCAGAAGAAGUAGGCCAAGUCAUGGGAACGUUGAAUAGCUGGUGGGGAGGUGUGAAGAAACAGUCUGCUUCAGCUUUGACUACUCUCAAAGCCGAUUUGGACAAAACCGUCUCACAUGCUCAAGCGGAUUUAGAAUAUCUCCGUACGGCUAAUAUCGAAGUGGUCAGAAAAGAUCCAGCUGAAUAUGAAGCUGAACAAGAAGCUGAAAAAGUAAAGAAAGCAGCUGCUAGAGCAUUACAAGAAGAAGAACUUAAGAAAAAGGAAAAAGGAAAAGGAAAAGGAAAACAAGUGGAAACUAUCGAUACAAGUGGUGAUAAUACAAGUACUUCUACUACCACUGGUACUGGUACUGGUACUGCUACGGCUACGAAUAUAUUGAACAAAUUAUCAUCAUCAACUUCACAGCUUCAGCAUUCAUUACAAAACACAUUACAAUCAACUCUGGCUGCAGCUUCUUCGAAUCCAGCAUUAUCAAAUCCUACCGCGUUACGUCAACAAUUAGCUGAAAAUUUAAGAUUAUCUUCCGCAAAAGAGAAUCUACAAUUAUCAAUGAAACAAGCUGAAAAACUAGCUGAAGAAUACCUCAAGAAAUCCGAUCAAUUAUUGAAAGAUGCUGAAAAAUGGGUAGAAGAUGCUGUAAAGGUUAUACCUCCUGAUGGAUCAGAUCAUCAAGAUAGACAUAUGGUUAGUAUGGGUUGGGAUGGAAGUGAUUUUUAUUCUUUUUCAACUUCUUCUCCUACAACGAAUCAAUCUUCAACCAUUUCUCAAUCGAAUAAUGACGUUUUGUUUGAUUCUGAUGGAGGGAAAUCGAAACCUAUCUCGACAUUGGCUUUGGCUGGAUCAAGAAAAGACGCUCUCCUAAGACGUCUAAGAGAGGAUAAAGAUUUGUUGAUGGUCGACCCAGAAGGUGAAGGUGAAACGGAAGAAAGGAAACAAGAGUUCAAACAAUGGAUAGAAGUUCAUUUCGAAUCUCAAAAGAAAGAAUUAAGGGAAAAAGAAGAAGGUAAUGUUGGUAGCAUCAGAAUGGCUUUAGUACCAGAACAACUCACCGACGAUCAAUUCUGGCAACGAUACUUGUUCCACAAAUAUAUGAUUGAAGCUGAAGAAAGGAAGAGAAAAGCGUUACUCCAAGCUACAACACAAGAAGAAGAAACAGAUGAUUUCAACUGGGACGAUGAACCUGAAUCUCCUUCUGCUCCGGUGAUACCCGUUCCUAUCGCAGCUGAGACCACUACAAGUGAAGUAACGCCAAAAGUGGAGAAUGAUGGUAGAUUACCUUCUACAAUUCCCAAAUCAGUGACUUCCGCUUCAACAAGUCCACGUGAUUCAGAGGAAAGUUACGAUGUUGUUAGUGAUCAGGGUGUAAAGAAACCAAUUUCUCUCACAUCUACGACUACAAAUGCAGCUGCACCUCCCGCUGUACCUACAUCAAAGGACGACGACGAUGAGGAUUCAGACUGGGAAUAG